CGAAACCAUUACCAGCUUUGAAGUUUGAGCUCUAAGUCCAACAUUCCAAACUUACAUAGAGAAGCACUACAAACUCUUUAGCUUUUUAGAGAGAGAUCUUUUUGUUGUAAGUGAAACUGUGCUGUGUGGUGAUUGUUUUCUUGAGAAAAGGAAGAGGUAGGUGAGAGUUUGUGUGUGUGUGUUUUCUUGUGCUAAUAUGAGUAACUGGUUGGGGUUCUCUCUGACUCCACACUUGAGGAUUGAUGAAGAAUUUGGGAGAGAAAACCAAGACCAUGGUGGUGGAGGACCCUAUCCUCCUCCUCACUUGUCUUCCAUGCCUCUUCGCUCUGAUGGCUCACUUUGUGUUUCUGCUGCACCUGAAGAAUGGAGAUAUGAAAAUGCAAUAACUGGAGGAAAUUCAAAUGAUGAAGGUCCAAAGCUUGAAGAUUUUUUGGGGUGUUACUCAAACUCUUCUUCCCUGACUGAAACCAAAGUCUUCUGCCAUGACCAAAACCAAAACCAGACCAAAAUCAAUGUUAAUGUGCCCCCUGGGUUUUGCACCAAUAGUACAGAGAUUGAAACUGGGGAAAAUCUCACAAACCCAUCUUCAUUGUACCACUCUUUCCAUGCAUACAAUGAAAACCCACAUGGCCUUAUCCCAAGCAAUAGCAUCUACAACAAGCCAUGGUUGGGUCAAACUCAGUUUGCUGAUGUGAAAUCUUCACCUGGUGCUAAUGGGUGUAAUUACCAAUCUCUGAACUUGACCAUGAGCCCCACUGUACCAAAUGGGGUGGGUGCAAUUUCCACUGUUCAGGUGAAUGAAGACAAUCGCAAAAGGUCCAUAGCAAAAUCUCAGGCUAGAGAACCAGUCCCUCGCAAAUCUAUUGACACUUUUGGGCAGAGAACAUCUCAAUACCGUGGUGUUACCAGGCAUAGAUGGACUGGGAGAUAUGAGGCUCAUUUGUGGGAUAACAGUUGCAGAAAGGAAGGGCAAACAAGGAAAGGAAGGCAAGGUGGUUAUGAUAAGGAAGAAAAAGCAGCAAAGGCUUAUGACUUAGCUGCACUCAAGUAUUGGGGUCCAACAACUCACAUAAAUUUCCCUUUAAGCACUUAUGAAAAGGAGCUUGAAGAGAUGAAGAAUAUGACCAGGCAAGAAUUUGUCGCCAAUUUAAGAAGGAAGAGCAGUGGAUUUUCAAGGGGUGCAUCAGUGUAUAGAGGCGUGACAAGACACCAUCAACAUGGAAGGUGGCAGGCUCGGAUAGGAAGGGUUGCAGGGAACAAGGACUUGUAUCUCGGUACAUUUAGCACACAAGAAGAAGCUGCUGAAGCAUAUGACAUAGCAGCAAUCAAGUUCAGGGGAACGAGUGCUGUGACAAACUUUGACAUAAGUCGAUACGACGUGAAGAGAAUUUGCUCAAGCUCAACUCUAAUUGCUGGAGAUCUUGCAAAACGGUCUCCGAAAGACUCUGCUUUGGUGGUGGCGGCCCCUGCCGAGGACUUCAAUUCGUGCGGUUCAUCAACACCUUCUCAAUCUCAGCCACCCCCUUUGGCUAUAACUGAUGGUGAACAUUCUGAUGAGUUGUCCAACAUGGUGUGGAACGCCAACAGUGAUGAGCAACAGCAGCCGCAGAACGAGUGCGAAAACACCAACCUCCUUGAAUCAUCAUCAUCACAGCAGGUUUCACCAGACAACAAGAAUGCAAUGAACCCUCAAAGUCCCAAGUGUUCUGAGGGACUAGCUAAUGAGUUUGGAGUGAGUGGAGCAGAUUAUGGACAUGGGUACUUCACCCUGCAUGGACCAAAAUUUGAUGAUGGAAACAAUGAAAAUGACCACAGGCUUGGGAAUUUGGGUCUGGUUAAUCAAGUUCCUAUGUUUGCUUUGUGGAAUGAAUGAGAAGAAUAUCAGACUAUUGAUGUUAAAAACAUUACCUUAGGAUAACUAAGAUCAGGUGACAGAAUUAUUUAAUGAUCAUUGUAGUUUGUUUAUGUUAACUUGCUUUAUGUUGAAAGAAAAGUGAUGUCAGGAAUGGUGAUUCCUUCUGUGUUUAGUAGGUAGUGUUCAUAUACUAUCUAGCAGAAGAUUAUCUUGUUUGGUGAAAUUGAAAAAUGAAGAAAAAUCAAUUAUGAGUU